GUCCCCAUCCCCAUCCCCAUCUGGGUAUCCAUCCCCGUAUAAUACCCAUUUUACCCGCCCCACCACCCGUCAAAUCCCCGCUUAAUACCCAUCUGUGUCAUAUAUUUUAUAUAUAUUUGUCAUUAAUUUAAAUCUAUUUUUAAUUUAAAUCUACCUUCCACACACAAUACACUUGAGUUUUAACUAAACGUAGCAAAGCAAUAUAAAAACAAAUCAUUAAUUGUUCAGCCCUCCAUAAAAGCUUCAUUGAUGAAGCAUUGAAAUUCCUCUGUUUAUGAAAGAAAGAUUAUCUAAAAUGGCUAUUCCUCUGUUUAUUGCAGCUUUAAUGGCCGCCAUUGUUUCACCAUCUUUAUCAGUUUCAUUAACAAAAGGAUCAUUCAAAGAUAACUUUGAUAUCAUGUUUUCUGAAAGUAAUUUCAAGACUUCAGAUGAUGGUCAGAUCUGGUUUCUUUCCUUAGAUAAAAUUAGUGGAUGUGGGUUUCAAACAAAACAGAGGUAUAGAUUUGGGUGGUCUAGUAUGAGAUUAAAAUUGGUGGGUGGUGAAUCACAUACUCUAUCAGAUUCAAUUAUUUUCAUUUUUCAUUUUUUUAAUUUUUUAUUUUUACACAUUCAUAAAUUAAAAUUUUGGUUAGUGGCAACUUCAUUGAACUUUGAUUUAUUACAAUAUACAGGGAUACAUGUUCUGAAACCUGCGAAAACACAUAAUUGUUAAAAUUUAAUAUACAGGGAUACACGUUCUGAAAUCGGCAAAAGGAAAGGGAAACUCCAGCUCAUUCGUUUCAUGCCAUUCAAGAGAAAAUAUGAAAAUCAUCUGGCAUGAUAAACAAAUACAGACACCGACAAGCACACUUUAUUCAAGAAUUUCAUUUUUUCUUUCUUCAUUCCACAUUGAUGAUUUCAAGAUGAUUGAAGAAGAUGAUGAUUGCAGAAAAUCAGAAACUUACCUAUUGAUGGUUUCAAGAUUGAAGAAGAUGACGAUUGACUGGAGAAAAGACAGACGAUUGAAGAAGAAGACGAUAUGCAGCAAGAUUGAAGAAGAUGGGAGUGUUUCAAGAAGAAGAAGAAGAUGGGAGUGCAGCAGUGAAGUGACGGCAGCAGACCAGCAGUGAAGCAAAUGAAGCAGUGAAUGAGUGAAGCAAAUGAGAAAUGACGGCCAGCAUUAGGUUUUGAAAGAAAUAAUUUAGGGUUUUGAUUUUUGAAGCAGUGAAGCAGUGAAAAUAAUUUUUAAAAGUUUUCAAAGGCCCAACCCAAAGUUUUUUUAAAAAAUUUGAAAAUAAUUCAAGGUUUAAAAAAUUCAGAAAUUUGAAAAAUAAUUUAGGGAAUUCCAAUUCUCAAAAUUUGUACAUUUCGUGAA